GCACCGAGCCAAUUUUUCACAUUAUACCAGGAUAUCAAUGACACUACUCAGGCAGAUAUCUUGUGAAACGGCAUAUGCCUAGGUAGUACCCAAUCAGUACCGAUUCAACCUUUUUGAUUCAAUUCACGUCGUUUCAGCACAUCGAAUGCAUCUAGUUAGGCAGGUGCUUCGUAGAACAAAGAAUGCUGUGGUAGUACCUUACGCAGUACCGAAUCAAUAUACCUCAAUUUUUCAGAUUGCGCCAGGUUAUCAAAAUCAGUAGGUUGCUUAGGUAGUACCCAGGACAGUAUCGAGUCAGUGUAACUGACUCAAUUUGCACGCAGCAUCAAUAUAUAAAGCAGUCUAGUUAGGCAAGGAUGUCGUGGAAGAGGGAAUGCUAAGGUAGUACCGAGUCAAUCUGCUUGAUUGAAUUUUCAUGUCCUAUCAGGAUAUUGAGUCUCAUCUGACAAUCAAUCUGCUUGAUUGA